AUGGAUUCUGGAGAAGUUGCUGCCUUAGUUAUUGACAAUGGUUCUGGUAUGUGUAAAGCCGGUUUUGCCGGUGAUGAUGCCCCUAGAGCCGUGUUCCCAUCUAUUGUUGGUAGACCAAGACACCAGGGUAUCAUGGUUGGUAUGGGCCAGAAGGAUUGUUACGUAGGUGACGAAGCUCAAUCGAAGAGAGGUAUCUUGACGUUGAGAUAUCCAAUUGAACAUGGUAUUGUCACUAACUGGGAUGAUAUGGAGAAGAUUUGGCACCACACUUUUUACAACGAGUUGAGAGUUGCUCCAGAAGAGCACCCUGUCUUGUUGACUGAGGCACCAAUGAACCCCAAGUCUAACAGGGAGAAGAUGACUCAGAUUAUGUUUGAAACCUUCAAUGUGCCUGCCUUCUACGUGUCCAUUCAGGCCGUGUUGUCUUUGUACUCUUCGGGUAGAACCACUGGUAUUGUUUUGGACUCUGGUGAUGGUGUUACCCAUGUUGUUCCUAUCUACGCGGGUUUCUCUUUGCCACAUGCUAUUUUGAGAAUCGAUUUGGCCGGUAGGGAUAUGACAGACUACUUGAUGAAGAUUCUCUCCGAGCGUGGUUAUUCGUUCUCUACUACUGCGGAAAGAGAAAUUGUCCGCGACAUCAAGGAAAAACUAUGUUACGUUGCGUUGGACUACGAUCAAGAAAUGCAAACUGCUGCUCAAUCAUCUGCUAUUGAAAAAUCUUACGAGUUGCCAGACGGCCAAGUUAUCACCAUUGGUAACGAAAGGUUCAGAGCCCCAGAAGCCUUGUUCCACCCAUCUGUCUUGGGCUUGGAAGCCGCCGGUAUUGACCAAACUACCUAUAACUCUAUUAUGAAGUGUGAUGUCGACGUCAGAAAAGAACUAUAUGGUAACAUCGUCAUGUCCGGUGGUACUACCAUGUUCCCAGGUAUCGCUGAAAGAAUGCAAAAGGAAAUUACCGCGUUGGCUCCAUCAUCUAUGAAGGUCAAGAUUAUUGCCCCACCAGAAAGAAAAUACUCUGUCUGGAUCGGUGGUUCCAUUUUGGCUUCUUUGACUACCUUCCAACAAAUGUGGAUCUCCAAGCAGGAAUACGACGAGUCUGGUCCUUCCAUUGUCCACCACAAAUGUUUUUAA